AUGGAGAACCAAUCAGUGGUCACUCUACUCAAACAAUUGAUGGAAAUACCAUCUACGAGCGAAGAAGAAAAUGCCAUCGGUAUAUUCCUAGAGCAACACCUCCAAUUACUGGGUUAUACCGUCGAGCGUAUUCCCAUCAGCCCCGAUAGUACUCGAUGCAACGUCUACGCCUACAUCGGAUCAUCGCGCAAGACACGAGUCUGUCUGUCAUCACAUAUGGACACUGUUCCCCCGCAUAUCCCACUCCACGAGACUACAGACACUAUCUAUGGACGCGGCGCAUGCGAUGAUAAAGGCCCACUUGCUGCUCAAAUCAUCGCCCUUGAAGAGUUACGUAGAGAAAACCUCGUUCAGCCGGAUGAUGCAUCUCUCCUUUUUGUCGUUGGUGAGGAAAAGGGUGGACCGGGCAUGCUUGCUGCUAACUCGAUGGGCUUGACUUGGGACGCUAUGAUAUUCGGCGAGCCGACCGAAGGCAAACUUGCAGUCGGCCAUAAGGGUCACUUUGUGUUUGAGCUCUUCCCUUCGUCUGAAAUUAUUGGACCAUCUACAUUUCACUGCGGGCAGAUCAGUGGAGGCGUGGGAUACAAUAUCCUGGCUGCAGAAUGUACGGCGCUUUGCGCGGUUCGCGUGGCUAGUGACUUGCCUCUGGUUGAACGAUUGGUAGAGGAUGCUGUGUCCAAGCAUGAACAUAUUCGUCUGGAGAAGAAAUUUUUGUAUCCAGAGUUGUACUUGGACCAUGAUGUACCUGGGCUUUGGAAAAUGACACUCAAAAACCUGGGCAACCUACCGGUAAUACCGCUACCAGAGUCUUUUGCGUUGACAGCAGCAUACAGCGAUGACCCAUUCCCUAACAAGGUCAACCUCGGACAAGGAGUCUACCCCGGAGACUCCAAAUUCCUCACCAAAGCCCGUGAACUCCUCUUCGGUCCUCAAAUCGCCUCAUCAGAGAAUAUCGCAAGCCUUCAAACCGUCGCAGGAACAGGGGCAAAUCACCUUGCCGCGAUAUUCUGUGCCCGAAAACUUUGUCCAAAAAAUGUCUUCAUUUCCGAUCCGACAUGGGAUAAUCAUCAUUUAAUCUGGAAAGAGGCCGCGCCGAAUGUGACGCAAAAGCUCUAUCCGUAUUAUGAUCCUUCUACCCGGAGACUCAAUUUCGAGGGAAUGCUUGCUAAGCUAGAAAGUUCAGCGGAGGAGAAUGAUGUGGUGAUACUGCAUGCUUGCGCCCAUAAUCCUACCGGUAUCGAUCCAACCCGGGAACAAUGGAAAAAGAUCGCCGAAGUUGUCGGACGCAAGAAGCUCUUUGUAGUAUUUGACUGCGCGUACCAGGGGUUUGCAUCGGGGCAUGCCGAUGCAGAUGCGUGGGCGAUUCGAGAGUUCUACUCUAUGCUGUUCACCGAGUCGUCAUCCUCGUCGUCAACGCCAGCAGGCAUGUUCGUCUGUCAAUCGCUAUCCAAGAAUUUUGGACUCUACGGGGAGCGCAUCGGAGCGCUCCAUUUGAUUACUCCAUCCUCGACUUCACCCGAGGGAGCCAGAGCGCACUUGGUUCAAUUAGUUCGUGCCGAAAUCUCCUGUCCUUCCCUGUUCGGUGCACGGAUUGUGCAUACUGUUCUGGACGAUGCUGAGUUGCGCUCGAAGUGGCAAGAAGAUGUACGGAUUAUGGCGCUUAGGAUCAAGAGCAUCAGGGCAUUGUUGAAGUCGGAACUGGAGAGAAUUGGUGCUCAAGGGGACUGGUGUCAUAUUGAGCAACAGAUCGGCAUGUUCAGCUUCACGGGGCUUUCUAGUGCACAAGUGCAGGAGCUGCGGGAGAAGCAUCAUAUUUACAUGUUGAGUAAUGGGCGCAUGAGCUUGAGCGGAUUAAACGAGAGCAACGUGGUGUAUGUUGCUCGAGCUAUUAAAGACGUGUUGUGA